GCGUCAACCGAGGUGGACAUAAUGGCCGACUUGGAGCGAUCGAUCGUUAGGUGAAUUCAUAGCGUUAUCUGGAAAAAUGAUCGGGAAAUAGCUGUCGUAACAGUCGAGAAGUCAUCUUUGUACACUAAUAACUCUGUAGGGAAACAUCUAAGCAAAGCUUGGGGCCAUUUUGGAGUCGUUUGGCCGUAUGGAGUGAAUUUACCGGCAAUCAUGUUGUACGCGUACGAGGAAUAUUGCCGAUGAAUCACAUACGAAACUUGGUCAUUUAUUGCAGAUCGCCGAGGUUUUUGUGAAAUUUUGCUACGAUAGUCAUGAAUCCUGAUCCCAGAGAGUGUAAUAUCAAGGUUUUUGCUCGGUUUCGGCCACAAUCCGACGCAGAAGUUCGGGCAGGAGGGGAGAGUGUUGUUUCAACUCCAACUUCGGAUACUUGUGUUCAUGCGGUGAGCCAACCACUUUCUAUCAUAAUUGAGUCGCAAGGUUUUUUGUAAUAAUCCCGGUAUUACUUUUGACGUCGACAACUUUUCAUUUUUGUCUUGUGUGUUUUAGGGAAGAACAUACACCUUUGAUCGCGUAUUCAAGUCCAACACAUCGCAGGAAAGAGUUUAUUUGGAAGCUGCCCAGGUCAUCGUACAAGGUAGAUUGUGUAAAUGGUUCUUAUGCAAAACCUUUUUUUUUUGUUAUUUGGUAGCCGAGUGGGGUAAUAGUUUACACCAGCGUCGAAAACAGGAUUCUUAGAAGCUGCCUUGCCUUCUAACCGUUAAGGAUUUAAGGUCUUUGAAGUUUACGAGACGUGAUGAUAGGAUAUUGUAUGCAGUCAACGGGCCUUUUUGGCUGUUUUCAAUUUAAGUUUCAGCGCAACGCUUUCUGCGACUGUAAAAAUGUUUCAUACUUUCAGAUGAAUCGCAGUGUCUGCGUGGUCCGCAAAAUAUAGAUAAAACAGUGAUGUUAACACAAGGUUAUUCGGGGAACGAUCUUACCCAAGAGCAGCCAUAUUAAAGAAGUUCUCUCUUCCUAGCUACUCAUUGCUACCUAGCAAAAAUGUUUUCAUGAUUUUGCUUACAAACGAGUUAAUAUCUGUCGCUGUCAUCCAACAAAGAUUUAUUGGUUUUUCGAGCACCUGAAUAAACAGCGGUAACGGGAAUCAGUGCUUUAAAUCUUGUCUAAGUUAAAAAAAAUUGUUACUUGACCGUCAACUUUACAGUCGAGAAGUUGUCAAUAUUCCUUUUGGCAGGAGAUUGCAGUUGCCAUGUUCUUCACGAGUUUAGACCUGUAUUAUUAAUUCAUUUACUGUGGCUUUGAUUUUGCAUUGGUGGCUUAUAAAAGACAUAUAUCGGAUUUCUUUUGUUGAUAAUUUGGGGAGUUAGAAGUGCCCGGCCUCGUAUUUAGUCUAUCUCAUUAGUUUCUUCUCGUGAGAUUUUGAAAUUCUAUGCGCGGUUCCAGUGGACACACUCGUUAGGUAAACAACUCUCUUGGAGAGAAAGGAGAAUCAUUUGAAUAUGUAUAACCAUAAAAUUAACAAUUCUAGGUACAGUUUCAGAGAGACUUAAAUAUUGAGGAGAAAGGCUGUAUUUCGUCGACAUCUAGAGUCAACGCAUUAAUUGGAGUGUUUUGGAGAUUUUUCGUAUUGUUCCAUCGUGAGCCAUAGUACUACCUAACACUCGUGCAAUAAACGAUCUUUACAUAUUCGUGUUUGAUCACAUGGUCUCACUGAAAGGGUAGUUUUCUCUUUCUGUGUCCUCAUUUUGUUGAAUUAAUUUCUCAUGUUUUGCCUUUUCUUGGCUUCUUUUUCGAAUCAAUUGAAUUUCGAACCUUUUCGCAUCAAUGGAAAUCAGAUUGUCUUGCGUAUUUAGCCCUGUUUUUGAACAGCUCUGUAAUAUUCUAGAUGUGUCCCAAAUAGUUGAAAUGUUGUUUCUUUUCGUAUGGUAAUUCAUGCCAGCUAAAAUCUUGUUAUGAAAAUCGAUCGCUGAUCAGUGAGAUCUGAUAAAGCAACCUAGAUGAAGGGUGUCCUAAUUUUUUUAUAACCAAAUUUCUUUGGCUUUCGACGAUCGAUAUGAAGCUAAUUUUAGCACGAGUUUUGCCGUUUAUUUGAUUAAAUUUUCCUUUGAAUUUCUGGGAUGAUAUAAAGUACUUCACGAACAUAAAUUCGAACUUUGGGUGGAAUGUGUGAAUGAGGAAAAAAAGGUUACAGGUCGAAUUUUUUGCGUUUUGUAUUUUUCUUUUCUUGUCAAUGAAAUGGUUUCUCGAACAUUCAUUCCGUUUCUUAGCUCUCUUAAGAUUAGCAUCAUAAUUAAGGUACUUUUGAAUAUUUUCCAGACAGAUACCCAUUAUGUACACAGAAAUCUUCACACACAAUUCAGUUUUGCAUGCACUGUAAUCAAUUUCAAGAAAUUUACAUAAUUUACAUGUAAGUUACACUAUAAUUUUCUCUGAGGGGUAUCUUACUUGAAAAAAAAGGUUUAUCAAAGGAUCGAAAUAUGACUUUCUGGUAGUCAUUAUCUCACUCAGAAGAGUUCUCUAAAGAAUAUAUUUUCCCUCGAGGGAAAUGAGUUGGUGUACAAAUUGUUAAGACUAAUUUUUCAGUGUUUGGUAUUGGCUAUGCCUCAACCUGUAUUUACCAAGUUUAAACCAGCUCUUUUUUUCAAGUGCGAGGAAAGAGGUGCUUUUUUUUCUUGAUCAUGUGAACAUUAAAUACAUUAAUUUUGUGAAUUGAGGAGAAAUUGAGAAUUGAGCUUUUUCGAUUAUUGCAAACUUUGUGUUGAAGCUCCAUUUCUGCCAGCUUUUAAGUGUAUAUCAAUGAAUUUUGUUUUGUACACAAGAUAAUACAGAUCAAACAGUAUUGCACUCUACAUUGGCAUCAGUCUCAUGAAAGCAUCAAUUCAAAUGUCACCUUGCAUUUACACUUGAAUCUGGAAAAAAGUGAAGUUUGUUUGGUGUAAGGUAAUGCUUGUGAGCUGUAUACAACCUCUGCUAGGGAUCCUUGGCUUGAUUUGAGUAAAGUGUAUCAACAUAUCUGCAUGAUUUUCUGAACAUCAGUUUAAGAGUCAUAAUUUCAAGGUUGUUCUGUGAAGAAUUCCGUAUUAAAAUCUAUCAAAGGAAUAGAUUGCUAAAUGUUGCCUGUGCACCAAUUUCAGAAAACAUUUUUGUUGUAUUUUUGUUUGGAGAAAAGUAUGUUUCCUUUAAAUAUUUCAAGAUAUCAGCAGGUUAGUUACAGCAAACUGGAACAGUUGAAAUCAAUGUAGUUGUUUUUGUCUAUGGAAUUACCUUUUUUAGUUCAAAAUUAAAAAAAACACUGUAAUUUAUAGAUUUUCAGAUUGAUAAUGGUUGGACCUUUCAUUUUAAAAAAUAUGUUCAUGAGGCUGAUUAUAUAGAAAGCUACAUGCAUGAAUAUUUAUUUAUUUAAUUAUGUCUUACUGAUUGCUAAUUACCAACCUACAGGUAGGGUGUGAUCUGAGAAUGUUAUAAAAUUUUUAAAUUUUAUUUGAAACUUGUUUACAUAUUCUGGAGAGUUUGUCUGUUUUUUUCACGAUGAACAAGUUGGUUUCCUUUUUUGAAAGCCUGAUGAAGUUGUCUAGACAGAAAACAAUAAGAAAGCAUAAUUGUUCUUGAAAUUUUUGUUAUUACACUUAACGAGGGCAUGCAAGGCAGCCAUUAAAAUCAUUACUAUUUUACACUUGUGUCACUCAGAUGCACUGCUUCAUAUGCCUUUUUACUCUGGGAUAUUUUUCCUUUGUGAGUUCUAAAAUCUUUUUUUUUUGUUCAAUCACACAAUAUUCUGUGGUUGAUAUUUUUUCUCAUCUCUUUACACCCUAACAUCAGUAGGUGUAUCCUUCAUGCUGUUCUUUUAAAAGCUUCUUAAUUUUGUGAUUAUAUCCUUUAGUCCUGUGGAUUUGAUAUGUGAUUCUGGGGUGAUAUUGCAAGGAAAAAGUGGAUACUUGUUACUCUUAACCCUUUCACUCCCAAGAUCUAAUUAGUAAUUCUCCAAUACUAUCUGCCAUACAAUUCUUAUGAUGUUAGUUCAGAGAAUUUGGUAUUGGAUCAACUAAUAAUCCCAUAAUUGAUAUUCUUCUCUGUUCUCAUCACCUGCCUGCUUAUACUGUAUUGACAUUGUAAGGAGAAAUUCUGUCUUGGUCACUUGUGGGAGUGAAAGGGUUAAGAGUCAAAGGGUUGAAUUUGAAAAAAAAAUCAGCUGUCAAUUGACAUUUCAUGAUUGAUAUUUUUCUUUACUGUACCUCUCUGUCUGCUUUAGAAUUUAUUGAUACUGAACAUAGGAGUUUCCUGAAAGGUCACUUUUGUGACCUCUCACUUCUUUUGAUACGAAGUGGCAAAGUAAAUCAAGGUCAACCCUCACUCCAUUGUAAAGUGCUUUGAAAUGUAACCAGGCCUUAGUGUAGGAGACUUGGUGGCCUGGUCCUUAGUAUAAUGCUUGUAUCUAACCCCUGGCUUGGUUAUUGUGGUGUUGGGCAGGACUCCAAUUAUUGCAGUGCAUCUCUCCACCCCUGACUGAAAUAGGGUACUGGGUUCAGUUGUAUAAAGGGCAGAUAAUGCUAUCCAACAGAAAAAUCGCUCUCCAGCGGAUAAGUAAUGGCAAAACAUAUAGCAAUAUCCACUGAAUAGAGAUUUAUCAAGUAAAAAGUGUUAUCCAACCUUCAAACAACCAGGACCUGGUAAACUACUAGAGAAAUUGACAAGUAUACAGGUGUAACCUUUGAUUCUUUAGCAUCCCAAUGGAUAAACCACUAUCCAGAGGAUAAGUGGAUGCAAAAAGCACUGUGCUGUCCACUGGAUGGAGAUUUAUCCAGUGGAUAGGCUUAUCAGAAAAGAAAUCCAGUUUCGAAUUGAGCUCUGGUUGGGUCAGUUGGGCAAGACGCUUACAUGUAACUCUCUCAGUUCCUUGCUCUAUACAACAGUAUGAGGUAAAUUGGCAGCAUUAGGAUAAAUGAAUUGCAAUGUAUUAAUAGUACAAGGGAAACUAAACAUUACAAAUUGCGGAUAGUCUCUGUGCAUAACUUUCACUUAGCUGGAAAAUGCAUUUUUUCAGUUUUGAAACAAUAAUUUUGUUUUUUCACAGAUGUGCUUAAUGGAUACAAUGGGACAAUAUUUGCUUAUGGACAGACAUCCAGUGGGAAAACCCAUACAAUGGAGGUAAGCUAUGAAUUAAAGAUUUCUUGGUUUUCAAGAAAAUGUGACAGUCACAUUUGCAACCUAUAUCAUACACAACUUUAUUAGUUAAUGUGGCUAGUUAAACAGGAUGCAUUUGUUUAAGGGGAGGACAAAGCUAUCUUGGAGAUGAUGGUUGGGUGUCAGACUUCUCAAUCAGGGUUAGCUUGAUAGUUAGUGAUAUAGACUACAGCAUGCUAUCCUUGAGUUAGAAAUUUUAUCUGAUAGAUGUUGCUUGGCCUAUGAACCCUUUGGACAGCUCAGACCAAGACAUUAGGUCAAUAAAGACUUAGAAACAUUGAUUGUGGUUUCAAUCUUUGGUCAAUGCAGUCCUGUUUUGCAUAUUUCAACUCCCUGAUUAUUUUACAUGCUAGUUCUUAAUACAUGUAGGUUCAAAAUGAUAGAACUUCACUUUUCACAAACAGCUAUACUUACUGUAAAUUCCAUGGGGAUUUGCCUAGUUGGGGGUAUUAAACCUUUCAUCAGUGUCAAGAGAAGUUUCCUCCUACCCAACCCCUCUCAAGGGAGUGUUCAGGUGCUUGUAAUUAUUAACUUGUUUGAUGUGUUUGCAUUUUUAGGGUCGCCUUGAUGAUCCAGUUAAUCAAGGAAUCAUUCCUCGCAUUGUGCAAGACAUAUUUAAUUACAUUUAUAACAUGGAUGAAAAUCUGGAGUUUCAUAUCAAGGUAAAUUGUCUUGUUAAAGAAGUUUUAAGUUACUAUGUUAUAUAAUCUGAAGUUUUCACUUUCUUGAAAUUAUAUAUUUUCACUAUGAUAAUAAUGUACAGGAACAAAUUAUGUGUGUCUGAUUGGCUGAAAACAAGCUCAUUCUUAUGUAAUACAAGUGCAAAGUGCAAAUUACAAAUAGCAUGUGGGUGCUGACUAAAUUUACAUCUGUCUUGACUCUCUGUGAUGUUUUUUUAUUGAUAACAUUAUUAUCCUGACCAAUUUUUUAUCAUACAAUUUGGUGUGAUAACACUUGUAAAUUUUUUGGAAGACUGCUAAUUGUACUUGCCCUACAGGGUAGUGCAAUUUUGUUGUCUUUGAAUAAUUUACUUGUGCUUAUUAGGACCAAAUUGCACUCAAAAUCAUGAUAUUACCUAUAUUAAUGCACUUGUGCUAUGUUUGAUGUAAUAAUAUAGUGAUAAAAUAUUAAAAAAAAAAAAACAGUUCAAAUAAAUACCAUCUUUUUGCAGGUUUCUUAUUUUGAGAUUUACUUGGACAAGAUCAGAGAUCUUUUGGAUGGUAGGAUACACUUUUUUAUCAGUAACUAUAAAUUACAUAUUGUCAGCACAAUUCUUGUUGCUUUGUUAAACAAACACAGUAUUUAAUUUACAAUCAAUACAAAUUAUUCCAGGAUGUUACAAGUUUUCCUCUUUUUGGUGUUUGAUUGAUCUCAGAAGGUGUAUGGAGGUUUGACCUCAUUGCAAAUUUGCCUUUGACAAACUUUGAUAGUUUGCCACACCAAACUCCAAACUACUAAAAAUGAACUGAACUCUGACUUUGUUGGCUGUGUUUUGUGUAUUUUAGGCUGUUCACAUGUGCUUUGAGUUCUGGUUGGUUCUUUGUGAUGUUUUCCUUUACUUUGAUUGGCCACAAUGGUUCUUUUGAUCUACUCUAGUUAGCUUAAUUAAUUAAUGACUCUCAAUCUAAACUGUCUUUGCAAAAAUCUAAAUGUUGCAUGAAAGCUUUUCAACAACUCCUGUUUAGUUGGUCAGUAUGUUUUCUACUCAUUACAUGUAAAUUGUGUAUAUCACACAUUCUUUUUCCAGUAACCAAAACAAACUUAGCAGUCCAUGAAGACAAGAACAGAGUUCCUUUUGUAAAGGUGAGACUUUAUCAAUGAAUUUUGAGUCACAUGUUUCCGACUUGAAGGAUUAAAUUAAAUUUUUGUAGCUUUCAAGUUCAUACCCUUCUUCAUGUCAGAAGUCUGUCGUGCGAGUAAAGAAAAAAAACAAUAGGUGAAAAAAAAUUGAUAUUAGCAUGCUGCAGGGAGUUCUUGGAGUGAGUCUACCUUUGUGUGUGUAAUGUUUUCCUAAUUACUUGUACUGUUGGUUCAAACAUGGUCAUCCACUGAUCAUAUGAUAAAUCACUUAUUGACUAAAUUUUGUCAGCCCUGAUGGCAAAAUAGUUGGUUCUUGGUCAUGGUGCAGGAAUGUCCCCUCCCCUCCCCUGAACUCUUUUGGUAUACCAUUGCCCUGAUCUGGAGCCAGAUAUUUGUUAGCCAGCCCUCCCAAUCAGUCAACAAGUACAUAACAUUCCACAAGUAAACAGGUUAUAAGAACAAAAAGCAUAUCAACAAGGGGGGGGGAGGGGGGGGGCUAUCAUGACUAUAAAUCCCUUUUAAACUGGGAUUAAAAGGGUUCGAUAUAAAUACCACCAUGAUUGAACAGAAGAAUUUCAAUAAUUUAACUUUUUGCAGGGAGCGAGUGAGAGAUUUGUGUCCAGUCCAGAAGAGGUCAUGGAAAUUAUUGAUGAGGGAAAAAAUAAUCGCCAUGUGGCAGUAACAAGUAGGUCUUCUUUACCCUUUACACCAUAGCAUCAGUUUGUAUUUUCUCUUUACUGUCCUCUAAACUAUUCCUAAGGUGCUGACAAGGAGAAUUUGUUUAACAAUCAAGAGAUUCUUUGGCUGGUAGUCAUUUUCUUUAAUCUCAUUAUUAUUAUUAUUUAUUUAUUAAUUAUUAUUAAUCUCAUUAUUAUUAUUAACCUUAAUGUGUGAUUCAAGGGUGAUAUUGUAAGGAGAGAUUAGAUGCUUGUCACCCUAAGGGGUUAAAGAAUUAAUGACAGAUUGAUCAACCCUAUGUCAAUGUCAACAGAUCAGUAGUAAGAAUGUUAAAAUUUAAAAAUGGAAGAUCUUUGGCCAUCCACAUGCUGGACAAUAAUUUUUUUUUUCCUGUUAAGAGAGAAAAUAAUGCACACUUACUCCAUGCAAAAUUUUAACAGGCCAUCCAAAUCUAAUGUAAAUUAAGUCCUUAAAGACUUGCUCUGUUAAAAGGGAAAGUAUUGUUUUGCGUAUAAAUGGUAAUGAAAAACUGCUACAGGAUCCAAAGAAAAUGCAAGGGGGAUUUCAUGGGAUGGGCCAGUAUUCCGUCCAGGGAUGGUGAAAACGCUUUUUAUGCCUGAACACUUUACACCCUAACAUCAGUACAUAAGUUGAAUAUGAAUAUAGAAGCAACCUUUGCAGUAAUGAACACUACUUAAACAGUAAAGAAAAUAAGGCCUGGAAAAAAAAAAAGUUCAGACCUGAACAGGAUUUGAACACAUGACCUCUGUACUGGUAUCUUGGUGGUUAUGGGUUCAAUUCCCAUACUGGCCUGAAUUUUUUUCAGGCCUUAUUUUAACCAUUGGUUAAGUAGUAGUGUUUAUUCCUGUGAAGAUUGCCUCUGUAUUCAUUUCUUUAUCUGCAGUUCACAUGUAGGAUUUUCAUAGAUUUACAGUCAGUUAGUUUGCAACUUCUUCAUACUGUUCUCUGUACAUUUCCUAUGAGAAUUUUAAGGAGAAUCUAUCUAACAAUAAAGAGCUUUGUGACUUAGCAAUCAGCUUCUUUAUUCUCCUGACCAUAAUGUUUGAUUAAGGGAUGAUACUGUGGGGAGAAGUUAGGUGUUAGUCACUGCUUGCUUCUUACAGAUUAAAACUAAUGUCUUGAUACUGAAGCUAGGAAUUGGAAUCUUACCAUGUUUAAUGAAUCUUGCCUCAUCAGACAUGAAUGAACACAGUUCAAGGAGCCAUAGUAUAUUUCUUCUCCACAUUAAACAAGAAAACGUAGAAACUAAUAAGAAGCUCAGUGGCAAGCUUUAUCUGGUGGAUUUAGCGGGAUCUGAGAAGGUUGGUGGGAAUUUGUUUUGUAGAUACUUGACCCAAGGACAUGUUGAUGUUACAGAAUACCUGUAGUGUCAGUAUUGGAGCAACUGUUCACCCACCCCUCCCCCUUGUUUUUACAGGUCAGCAAGACUGGUGCAGAAGGGGCUGUUCUUGAUGAAGCUAAGAACAUUAACAAGUCACUCUCUGCUCUAGGAAAUGUUAUUUCAGCCUUGGCUGAGGGAACGGUAAGCUGUUUUCCUCUUAUUUGUAUCCAUGUGAUUGUUACCUAUUAAACUAGUUCAUGGGCAGUGCAAAAAUUCUUUAACAAAAAAACUUAAAUCUGAAAGCUACAGCAUAGUUUCCUAGAUCUGGAAAAAAGUAGGGAAAGUGAUAAAGAUAUAAAAAAAUGGAGAGUAUAGAUUUUUUCCCUCCAGUCUUUAAAACAAUUGGUAAUAGUUUGGGGAAAAUUUUGCCCUCAAGUUGUAUGUCACUUGUAAUGUCGUGUUAGUACAGUGCACCUUGAUAAUUGUCACUUAACCUUUGUAUGUCAGUAAGGAGAUGGAAGUGUAGGGCCAGGCUGCAGUUGUUCUAAUGGUGGAUAGCGCUAUCAACUAAAUAUGUCUCUAUCUGAUGGAUAGCUCAGUUUGUUUUCUUAACAAUUGUCCUACUGGAGAGCAAUGUAUCCAUUUGAUAGCAUUAUCUGCCCUUUGAACAACUGGGCCUAGACAAAUGAAGUACAUGAUAAUCAUGUUUUAUCAACUUGAUGGGUUGUGGUAUAUUCUUGAAUCUGGAGGCCCCAAUUGUGCACCUUAUGUGUUGCAACUCAUGACUGUGUUGUGUUGAAUUUAAGUUUUCUUUUUAUCAAUCUUUUCCUUUAGAAAACUCAUGUUCCCUACAGAGACAGUAAAAUGACAAGAAUAUUACAAGAGAGUUUAGGUAAGGCUUAGCUAAUGAAAUAUUUGCAUGCAACUGGUGUGCUUGAUUUGAUUUUUUGCUCAGUCCUGUAGUUUUGUUUCUUAAGAACCUUCUGUCUCAUUUUUCAUUCAAUCACAGAACAAAAAAGGUUUUUUGUGGAUACACACGCAUCAUUGGAUAUGGAACCAAACUCAGCAAGUUUUCUGAAAAAAAUUUCUAUUUUAUGUAGGAGACAAGGGCUUGCAAUGAAUUCUUUCAAAAAUUUGCCUAGUUUCUAAAAUUGACAUGAUAAACCAGUGUACAGUGAGCGUGGCCAUGCAGCUGUUGCUGUUGUUGUUGUUUUUGUAACAUCAGUAACAAGAGAAAAAUUUGAUCUUGUCUAUUGUCAUCGACGAGAUUCAUUGGGAUGACAUUCAACUAUGAUUUUCUGGAUCGGCCAAUCUCUUAUGCUUUAAUUUUUCUUUUCACAGGUGGUAACGCCAGAACAACCAUUAUAAUUUGCUGCUCUCCAUCAUCUUUCAAUGAGCAAGAAACACGAUCAACUCUCAUGUUUGGUCAGAGGUAAGUUUACAGUUGAACAUUAUGUACUGUUCUGAAAUUUCCAAUAGCAGCUAACACCAAUAAGAUGUAAGGAUGAUUUAAGGCCCCUUGCACAAAAUUGAAAAUUUUCAAGCAAGGCGCAUAACAAGUAGUUGGGAUAUUUUUCAAGUCUAGUGUUGCACAGUGCCUAUAGACUGUAAUUUGAACACCUUAGGGCAAAAACCAUCAAGAAUGUUGUGGUAGUCAAUGAGGAACUCACGGCUGAAGAGUGGAAGAGAAGAUUCGAGAAGGAGAAGGAAAAGAAUUCCAAACUCAGAGGAGCUCUGGGCAGAUAUGAACAAGAACUGCAAAGAUGGCGCGGAGGUAAGGGAGAAUUGACAAGCUUUCACCCUCCUUUCCAUGAUCAACUUGUAACUUCUCGUUACAUAAACGAGGGUUAAUUUAGUAGACAGCUAUCGAGAAUAGACAGACAAAUCAGUUCGAGGAAGUUGUAAAGUAGCUAAGGGCCGUAACAAAGAUGUAACAAGUGGAAGGUCAUCAAGAAACAUGGCAGAAACACGCUAAAGUGACACUUUUUAGUGACAUUGUCGUUGCGAUCGUUUGCACAAAUUCAAACCGAUUUGAGAAAAUACCAAGUCAUAUCUUAAAGAAAAAGGGCUAAUGGAAUUAUUGCAUCUCCCGCAGGUGAGUCAGUCCCCCUUGAUGAACAGACGACGAACGCAAAAGAUAAUCGCAAUUCGCAAGUGUUUGAGAGUCUGGCACUCUUGGCUCCAUCACAGCCGGCUGUCAGCGACAAGGAAAGGAAAAAGUUCGAGGACGAGAAAUCAAAGCUGUACAUUCAGCUGGAUGAGAAGGUGAGUUGAAAAACCCUUCACUGAUGUGGCAGGAAAAAUACUCCUGUAGCUUAUUUUCAUCGAAGAAAUGAGAGUCUGAAAUUGUUCUUAACUGACUUAACAGACAGUUCUUUGACUAUGGUGUAACAUAUAGCCGCAACCAUACAAAUUCUAUAUUCUUUUCAAAUCUAGAAGGCAUUUUAUUGGCUGGAACAAUAGGUAAUUUAAAGAAACUUUGUAAGAGAGAUGAAAAGAGGGUGUAGUUUUGGUGUAAUAUACUGUUUCUAACAAUCAAUCGUCAUUUUCAUUUUCAUUCAAUCUGCAGGAUGAAGAAAUUCAAAAUCAGGCACGAUUGAUCAACCAGCUGAAGGAACAAAUGGCUGACCAAGAAGAAGCCCUUAAGACAACUCAAGUUGACAGCGAAAAGCUCCAGUCGCAGAUCUCUUCCAUGCAGACUGAGAGCGAGACGUCAAAGACUGAAGUCAAAGAAGUGCUGCAAGCUCUAGAGGAGCUGGCGGUGAAUUAUGAUCAGAAGCUUCAAGAGGUUGAGACCAAAACAAAGGACAAUGAAAAACUGUCAGAAGAAGUAUCUCAGAAACAGGUCGAGUGUUGUGGCAGUUUAUUAUAUUCAUUCACUGUAUUGCUCCUCAGUUAAGUUGCGGUAUUCAGUAUUCGGUUUUCGGUGUUUUUUUUAGUUUACACGGGUUUCAAUUAAAGCUGGUAACCGGCGUCUGCCGCCACCUUUGAGACCUCUUACCACUGUCUGUGUAGUCUGCGAGCAAGCUCCUGUGUUUGGGUUCGCCUUGCGGUUAUUGGAACCCCUAACUUUAGGUAUUUAGGUAUCACGCCUCUGUUGUUCUAAGGGUGAAUAGCGCUAUUCAUCGGAUAUGUAUCCCUCUGUGGGAAAUACUUUUUUUUCAGUGUUUUGAUAGUAAGUCGUUUAGCAAGUUUGUAGAACAACCAGGUCUCAAGUUGAUCUUUCCCGCACUGGGCAAAGUUUCCCGCUUUGUUCAUUCUGUAAGGUGUCGUUUUAGUUUCGUAAUGAAUCCUCUUUUCCCAAAUUAAAAUUGGUACCAUUAACUUGAAAAAAGUAGAAAAGGCAAUGUCAGAUGAAAAUAUCUGGCUCAAGAACACAACACAUUGACCUUGCUUAAUCUCCAACCCAGACCCUCUCUUCAAGGAGUCCAGUGUGCUAACCUUCAGGCCAUCGUGCUAGCUAUCUUUAAACACCAGAGAUGCAAAAUUGAUGUUAAAAACGAAAUGAAUAUCUUUUAACAGAUGCAACUCAACAACGUCUCCAAGGAACUGUUAGAAAUUAAAGACAGUUCGUCUGUUUUGAGGAGGAGACUAGCUGAGAUGAUGAACAGCCUGUUGUCAGAUCUGGUGAGUGUUAACGUCGACACUUCGUAAAGUCGUGAUUUUCGAGGGUCUCCACUUUUGUUUUGAAUUUAGCUACCUUCGGUGGGUGGAUAUGUGCGGAACUGUUUCGUCUUGUGGUGUCUUCAUAACAAAUAAACGAUUUAUUUGUUUUUCUUCUUCCAGGGCGAAAUUGGUAACGUUAUCGGAGGAAACGCGGCUGAAAUGAAGGUAUUAAGAUGAGCCCUGAACUACACAAGGAUCAAUUUUUUUUUAUUAUCAUUUCAUGGCCUUUCAUCAGUUUUAUGAUUUGAUUGGUUUUUUUCCCUUGGGUGUCCUGCGGCGGUGAAUCAGUCAGAACUGGUUACAAUAUCUACAUGUAACCUCUAAUUGCCUGUGAUUCGAACAGUAUGUGUACUACAUUUUGUGCUAUAUUUUGUGUUUGAUUCGAUUGAUUCUUUCCUUUUUAGAAACCGAAUAUUGAUUGUAGUGGUAAUUUGGACGAAGAUUUUACCGUCGCCCGACUGUAUGUGAACAAGAUAAAAUCGGAGGUUAAAACCCUUUCAGUGGUAAGUAUUGCAAUCAACUACGUUCUUGACAGAUUAAAUUGCCGUCCAUUCUGGCAAAGGAAUCUACGCUGUUACUUGAAUAUGCUGUUUUGUGGCCUGCUUCAUUGUUUAUUUAGCUUUUUCGUAUUUGUUUAUUUGUUUUUAUUUCGUCUCUAUCAUGUAGCGUUCCAGUAACCUAGAGAUAACCGAAAGUGAUUUAAAGUCGUCACUGGAUGGAAAGAACAAAGAACUCAAUCAAUCACUGCUUCUCAUAUCACAGGUACACUAUUAUAUUUUGAAUCAGUUUCUUUUUCCAGCAAAAUGACAUCCAGCUAUAUGGAGAGUAGUAAAUACUAGAUCUGUAGGAUGGCAAAACACAUAAGACGCGGUUAAAAACCAAGAAGAUGGAAGGAUAGCUAAUAAUGGAAAUAUUUACACAGAUUGCAAAGACGAACUUGUGAAAUUGAAGCAUACUAUCCGCCAAGAAGAAUUUUUCCUUCAUCUCUGUAAACUAACGUGUAAUCCUACAGGCACUUUGCUUAUAGAGUCAUUUUUUAAUGAAGGACGAAAGUGAUUCCGAAUCGCUGCGGUUAUGCUUUACUUCGCUCUGUGAUUGGUCCUCAAAACUACCGCCACUUUCUCAACCAAUCAGAGGCAAAACUAAAAUCAAUCACGCCUUGGUCGCUAGCGUUUUCCCGCACUUUACAUAGUUUGCCCUCUCAUUGGCUUUUUUUUUUUUUUGCCUUUUUCUGAUUGGCUGUUCUGGUAAGUUCGGUAAAUAUUUACGAUACUCAAUCGAAAGAGCUCUAUUUAAUCAGUUAAGUAGUAAUGAUUUUUGGUUUAACGACAAUCCACAGGCAGGCGCUUUUCUGGAGACAAGGAACUUGUCUUUUAUUGACCUGCCUUUUUUUUUUUCUUAUUUUUAGUAUGAAGCUAAGAUGAAAACACUCGAAGCAGACAUGAAGGAGAUGGAAUCGAAAAAGAGGAUCUUGGAAGAAGCCGUUGAUUCUCUGAACGAAGAAAUAGCCAAACUAAAGGCAAAAGGUAACGUACAAGAUUGUUUGCUCCUAAGAUGUAAUUAGGAAUUUUCCCUUCCAGCCACUUAAAAUUGUUACUUUACAUUCCUUGCGAAUUAGUAAAGAGAAAUUAGUGUCGCAUCUAGACAACACCCUUUCGCUGAUGAGUUUGUCUCCUCUCAUUACUUCUUUGCUGGAUGUUGUUUUGAAAUUGUGAGGAGAAGUUCUAUGUAAUCUCUUCCUGAUGUUGAACACAUUUUGCAGUAAUCGGUUACAUGACUUUUACUAUUCAAAAAAAGCAAAUGAGUCCGUUAGCCGUAGUAGAAGGAGCGAAUGGAAAUAACUUGUAUGAAAAAAUCUCGUUUCGUAGCUUCAUCGUUUAUUUCUUUCUCUGUUUAUCUAUUUGUACAUUAUUUUUUAUCCCUCUCCUCGGAGUGGUCCGCACUUCGUUUCGACAAACACCUUGAUUGCUUUGUCCAACAGACAUUUAAUGAGGAUCAGGGUUAUUUUACUAAGAGAUAUCUGGAAGUUAUUUAAGUUCCCUGGAAAAGCCAAAAGAGAAAGAUGUCGCUAGCAGUAAGGAAGAUUUGCCUUCCGAAUUUGUUAGUUUAAGUUGUUAACAAUCGAGAAGGAAUGGACGAAUUUUUGUGGGCUUGUUGAGAACGGGAAAUAAGUUGUUGUAACAAGCUAUUGGCUGAUUGAGCUAUUGAGCUUUUUGUCCGAAGAGUCUGUUGACUCAUUGAAAAAAAAAAAAAAAAAACAAAAAAAAAAACAAAAUAAAACACAAAUAUACGAAAAAAAAGUUAAAGGCACUUAUCAAGUAACGGUUAAGAAUUUGAAAGCCCCCGAAAUAUAAUAGAAGUCCAAUAUACUUCACACUUGUGUGCGAACAUGCAAUAUGAGACUGAAUGUUUUUUUUUGACUGAUCUAUUUAAAGGUUAUGAUUCUCCUGCAAAUUUGCAGACCUUGUUUCGAUACAUUAAGCGCAACAAUUGAUGCACCACCAAUAAUGCAUUAACGAUUUUUAGCUUAAUUUCCCGAUGAUUUUCAAUGAGUGGUAUGACAGUUUUAUUUUGUGGAACAUUCGUUCGUGUAUUUUUCUUGGUUCAUAUUCGACUGUCAGAUUAAGAUCUUUCAUCUCUCACUCUGAGUGGCUGACCCAAUUACCAGUGAUAUGAAAGUUGAUACACAUGACCAAAUGCGUCUCGUGGAUUGGUUCAUGAAGAAAUAACCGAUUAGACAGUUCUCAGAAUUGGCAUUCCUACCAUUAGAUGUAAAACAUCUCAGGAAAUUAAACUUGUAAACAGUGGAUUAUAUUCAGGGAAAUAACUUGUCUUACGGGACACAUGUGUUCCUUCACACAAGUGAUCGAUGAAAGCUACGGCCCGUAUAACAUGGAAAAUACAUAACUUUUUUUCGGUAAGCGUAUGCGCUUGAAUAAGCUAAUAGGGUUUUAAGUGCAACGAAGAAAUAUACAGGAAUGGAAACGCGGUGUAAAACAACGUAUCUCCGUGUUCUCUUGUUACAUUUUUUGUAAAUUGCUUUAUUAUUUCCUGCGAAGUUGUGUGUCAACCUUCUUCAACAGGCUUUCGUUACUUGUGACAAAGCGAUGGCCGGGUGACUGAAUGAUUUCUUACACAAAUAUUUCAAUUGUUUUACAGCUCAGAUGCACGCUCUGGCUUUGAAAGACAAAGAGGAGGAGCACGCAGGCUUGCUUCACACAGCGGGUGAAAUUCAGGUAUUACUCUAAAAGAUUGCUGUAUUAAUGACAUGUAAUCACUCACAUAUCGAUCUAGGCGAUCUAGGAGGACUAAAAGCAUCAAGGAGCCAAUCAGAAUAAGGCUUUGUAUUUUCGGCCAAUCAGGUGUCUCGCCUUUUACCGCGUUCACAACCAGCACUAACAUAUUUCCCGUACUUUUCAUAAACAAACCAAUCCAGUGAGUUCUUUUUGCUCUCGACCAAUCGUGUAAUUCAGAUCGCGUGCUUUUUCCCGCCCUCGGAACUGGCCGCAAGACAUUUCCCUCUCCUCUUAGAAGGGUCGUUCACCGAGAACUGGCCAAUCCAGGCGAAACACAGCAAAUGACCUGAUAAUACCAAAGAUCAGAGAGCAGAGCUGUUCCUUUUUUUUUUUUUUUUCUUCUAUUCUCUCUUUCUUUUUUCUUUUUUUUUCUUAAAACGCCAAUAAGUUUUUUUCCCGCUCGCCCUAUAUACCUGAAACAUUUCACACUGAAAAUCACACGACGUUUAACAGCAACUUGUCAGCAAAAGUACUGUUAAAGUGACAGGGGCAAAUUUUUGAUGCAUCUUGUAUAGAUAGAAUUAGAUGAAUUCUGGUUGCUAUUUUGGGUAAUAAGCAAAGUGGUUUUUUUUUUAAAUAAUCACGUUUUGUUUUUGUUUUUAACCUUAACUUUUUCUUAAACUUAUUGAAAUUAUUUUUUAAUUCGCUGCCUUAAGUAUUAUUUGUGAAACUUGUGCAUUAUGUUAAAAGGAAUUCGAAGGAAAAUUGUGCACAUUUUUUCCCAUUAAUCUUCAUUGAGACCUGAGAAGCUUUUAGCAGAUGAGUUUAUCGUGCAUUAUUGAGCAUCUUCCGCAUUUUCAAGAAAUUUUCUCUGACUUUUCUCUCUGAGAAUGAAUGGUUUAUACGUUAAAAUGGGUUUAUCUUGAAGUGGCUGGUAAAUUUUUUUUCCCAAUGAAAUUUUGCCUUCGGCUAGCGAUAGUUUGGCGACACGUUAUAAGUAAACAAUCCGGUCUUGUUAAAAACGUUGAACAUGAAUUCUGUGGUUUGUUUCACAAGGUGCACUAAGUUUUUUUGUAGUUCUUUUUUCUUUUUUCAAGAAAAACUGCGACGUUGUUUGUGCUUUGAUGUUGCUCUGUUGUUCUUUCGAUUGUGUAUUUCAAAGAGCGUUCAAUAAAAAGAGAGAUCGAAAAUAAUCAGUUUAAGUCAGCAUUUGGCGAUAUGUCACUUAGGAAUAAAAGGUUGACCCAUUUGAGAGUUAUGGCCUUGAAUUUCUGUAUUUCAACGCAUUUUGAAAAAUGACCUUUCAGCUAAACAAUGUGCUUGAUAUGUCUAUUGUUUAAAAACGCCUGCACUGAUGAUUUGACUUGCAAAUGAUGUCAUUUCACUCUCCUCGCAGAUUUGUCAAAACACAACACGCAAUUUGCCGCAUUUAAUGCAGAAAACUUGCGUCGAUGUUAGCGCAAAAAGAGGCGCCUAGUGUUUCGUGCAAAAUGUGAUAUAAAUUCUUCGUGAUCCUGCGUGGUUUCACGUGAUGUUAGAUCGAUGACAUGGGCAAACACAUUCAAUACUCUGGCGUUGGUUUUACAAACAAGAACUGUGGUUGGCGAUUUUCCGAUUGCAGUGAAUCCUCAAUUGAUUGUAUCCUAGACUCGUUAAACAAUGUUAUUGACGAAGUGCUUCAGAACGCAAAGCCCAGGGUUUGUAUAUAAAAUAAUUUUGUAUGUCGUUUCUUUUUUGUACGAGGCGACAGUGAAAGUUGGGUUAUACCCGAGCUUUCAAGUCGUACAACUGAAACAAUGUAUGUAAGCCAUUAAAGGGCAAUUGGAUGCCACAAUUCUCUUUGUGUAGAAAAGAAACAUUGCAUCACGGCAGAUUUUAGCCGUUUAAGGCCUUGUUUUGAAUUAUUGAUGUCAGUGGUUUUAGAAGUUACAGUGAAAAAUCUAAUUUUGAUCACUCACGAAUAGAAAGUUUCUCAAAUUUGAAUAUUUCUUGUCGAGCAUUUUGUUUUCAAUUUGCGUUUUUUUUUUUUAAAACAAACGCACAUUUGGUUUUUUUCUUCAGAAAAAAAAAGAUGUUAUUCUUUUCCUUCUUUUUUCUUCUUCCAAAACAUAGUUCUAAAAGAUUUGUUUUCGUUUUUGAACAAUCCACUGUUUGGAUUUCAAUUUGGUAGUCAGUUCGGAGAGAAGUAGUUAAUUAGCCCGACUAGAUUUUAAUGAAAAUACUUGAAAAUGAUAAGUUUAUUUUGAAACCUCGAUUGGGAUUGGAAGAUUAAGUCGUUAACAUUCAAUAUUUGUGGGUUUUCAAGUGUUCUCGCAGAAACCUUUCUCUGCAUAACAGUUUUUGUCUCUACUUUCUACACAUGCCCAGAAAGUGAUUUGUAAGUAAACGUUACGGUGGCUGUGGUGAUUUGGCACAUUCUCGAUUUGUUAUGAGCCGAUUGAUUUAGUUCCUAUUGCCUAAUAACUUUUUAUCGUGCUCACGUGGCUGAUCUUUAAAGAAAAAUCUUUUUGUUUUGUAUUUGAUUGUGUUUUUUAAAUCGUAAUCUCUAACCUGGUCGGCGGGUUUUUGACAGAGUGAUUCAUUGGUUUAUAAAUAGUCUCUACUGAAAAUUUUAUAAACAAAGACAGAUUACUAGAAGUUUCUCGGUUAAAAUAUAAUCUAAAACUUGUGACGAUUCUGGAAAUUAUUUUGUCUUCGUUGAGGUUUCCAAUGUGGGGAAGGACUCUCCAAUUCCGUUAAUCCUAGCAGGUGGUAAAUAUUAAUACAACCCGGAAUUAAAGUAUUGUUGCCUCGCACGCGAUUUAGACUCGCAAUGGUUUCAAAAUGUGGUGCUGCCGAAGGAAAGGGUUGAAGCCUUGGCGGAUCCUUAAACGGUGUUAUUGGGUCUAGAGAAAAAUUAUUGCUGAAGAUUAGAAAUGAUUUAAACUGAUAAUAGGUCACGUAACUUCUGUUCUGUCGGUAUGCAGAGCACCAAUGUAGGUUCUUCGUGAUUUUUGAAUUUUUUUUCCCCGUGCAAACUACUUUUACACUUCAAGGAUUUUGUCAGUUAUUUGUAGUCUUGUUUUUUCUUUUUCUUUUUCAAAUUCAAGAAACAAAUAUCAUUGAGCACAAUAUUUCGACAGUGCCGUUUAACACUACGGAUUGAACGGUAAAAGAUCAAUAUGAUUCACGUAAAAUUUAUAUUACCGAACAACACAUUAUACAUACGUUAAAAUAAUUAUGGCCAAUUCAAGAAAGUUCGCUUACGUGCCAUGCGCGAAAGCCUUGAACCAUUCAGACAAAUGGCGGGAAAGGAGGAAGGUGUGCAAACUUGUUUUAAAACCACAAAAUAUACCUGUCUUACAUGUACUUUUGUAUGCCAUUUUCAAUAAUAGAAGGCUUUCAAAAUAAAGUUUUAACAAAUAGACCUUGCUCGACACCUUAAUCGCAUUUGCAAGAAAAACAAGCUCUUCAUUUCCACAAGUUGUGCUUCCCGCAUUUUUUUUCCGCCAUUUUGGUAGGCAGUAACCUGACCAAUGAGUUAUGUUCAGUUUUCAAUUAGGAUCGACUAAAUUCGGAUCGACGUUUUUCAAAGUCUUAAUUUUAAGUCGACCCAAAUUGCAAUUAGGUUCGGUACAUGUAAAGAUCGACGUUUGAACUAGGCCUUAGUUUAAUUUCGGAGAAUUAAUUUCUAGUGUGUAAGUUAUCACAGAUCGAUGAGCUGGGGAAUUUCCUGAUUUUAAAGCGCUCGGUGCUUAUCGUUUUUUUUUUUUUUUUUUUUUUUUUUUUUUUUAUGAAAUAAAUGUGAGACAGCUAGUGUCAUGAUUUGUCAAAAACCUGUCCUUUAAUUGCACAGGUAAACCCAUAGAAAUUAAACUUUGUGUUAUAAAAGCAAUAGAUCGUAAUUUCUAUUGGUUUACCGGCGUAAUAACCCACCUGCGAUGCUGGGAGAACGAGAAAGGAGUUUGUAAAACACGAGCUGGUCAGUAAACAAUAGAAAGUGCGGUCUGUUUCUGUAUAGUUCUAUCUAGUUUAAAGAUAUAGUGGUGUUUGUGUCUCGUUGCAGUCUGCACUGGAGAAGCAAAUGAUUAGUCAUCGAGAGGCACACCAGAAACAGUUGUCGACUCUCAGAGAUGAGAUUGAAUUACAGCAGGCUACUAUUGCAUCAAUCAAGGAGUAAGUUUGUUAAAUGACAACUUACGAUAAGAAGUUCGUUCGAUUGUAAUUCUAGAAGCGUUUUCCAGGCGUUCAGAAACUAAAACGAAGCGCGAUACUAAACGGCACAAUAGUAUCAGAGGAGUGGAAAAACGAGGGAGACUUGAGUCGAGUCGCACAGCCCGACCCAAACCUCCUCGCUUUUUCGCUACCAUCGCGCCGUUUACUAUAUCACUUCAUUUUACCAACUGAACGCCUGAAACAAGCUAUAAUCCGACUCAAGAUGUGUGAAGUUCAGGGUGAACUCCUCAAAGCCAAUCAGAGACGGCCACCCUCGCUUACUACUAUGCUACGCUUUCAGCCAAGCAUAUUUAAGAAUUAACCGGCUGCUUUUUUAUUUUCCGGUCAUUUCAUGUAACGAUCGGCGAUGGCACUAAUUUCUGUGAAGGAAUCUCAGGUCGUCAUUAGAAAAUGAAGUAGAUGUAUAAUAUGAACUGAGUAGGCUGUUGAAAGGGUGGCUUGUUGCAAAGCAAGUGUUUGCCCAUGUUGCCUUUAUCAGGGAUUCAAGGGCCUGUUUCUCUCCCCACCCCCCCCUGGAAAAUUUGUAAUUUGAAACUCUCGGAGACGUUUAUUUGUAGCAUUCUGGGACAUGUUUGAGUAACUUUAAUUGGCCAGGCAUUGAUGGAAGAAUCAAUCCAAAAAGACGUUUCCUGUUCUUGAUCUCAAUUCACAAGAUUCGUCGCCUAUCGGUUUCUAAGAUAACCUUGCCAUCUAUUUAUUGGUUCGUUUCUUUUGGUUUUGUUUUUGAAGUGAACAUGUAGGAAGUGGUUGAAUCUAAUUGUUGAGUAUGCGGUCACUUUUUCGGUUGAUGUCCUGUUACCAUGGCAAAUUCUGACGUGUAUUUCAUAUAUACCCCAUGAAACCUCUCUGAGACCCACUACUGAUGCGUCCACCGUUAUCUAACGAUCAAACCUCUGCUUUUUUUCUCAGGACCAAUCAGAAGCAAGGUUUGGAGAGAGAUCACCUUAUGGUCAGUACUUCCUAACUGUAUGAAUCGCUCUGUCCUGAAUUACCAUGUUUGGUUAUUUCUAUUAUUCAUCGAAAAUUUAUGGACUUUGUGAUGCACUUUAACUUUGCUACUAUUGUUGUCGCUGAUGUUCAUAUUUUUUAAACUUCAGCUUGAAAAUGAAGCUCUGAAACGAGAACUUGAGGAGAAAUCAAGCCGAUUGGCCGAAAUGAGGUGAGUAUUUGAAACGAGGUGUAUUUUUGUAAGAGAGAAAUACUUUAGAUGAUUACCUGUUCUUGAAAACUCCUUAUUAGAUAUACUCUUAAAGUAAUUUAUUUCACGAGAAAGCUCAUUCUAUCUAGUUUCAAAAAUAUUUUGACAUUUUGAUCCUAGUGGUACGCAGGACGCAUGCCACAAAUGAACCUACUAGUGCCUUACGUAGCUCAUCGUAGAUUUUUCUGGCAGUCCAGAAGCAACUCUUAAUAUCGUGAUGUACUUUCUUUGAGGGUUUUUUUAAUGUAAAGUUUUGUUCCUCAGCAUCCAAGCAGAGAAAAGAGAACAGGCCAAGAAAGACCUCAAAGGACUUGAGGAGACUGUGGUAUGUGCAUUCAUGAAGACAAGAACGCAUGCGUAAUAUGUUAUGCAGGGGUUUCGAUAAAAGCUGGUGACUGCUGGUCUACCACCGCCUAAAAGACCUCUUAUCUCCGUCUGUUUAGCCUAGUUUAGGUUUUUGCCUUUAAGCCCUUUUCCGGGCACAACCGCCUAUUACACGAUUGGCCGCGGCUUAUGGAAAAAGUUAUUUGGAACCCCUGAUUAGUUAUGUGUACUACGAUCUUUUCAUUGUAUUUUCUGACACACGGCUUGUUUUGAAGGGAGUGUUUUAAGUCAUUACUUAUCGCAAGUCACUACUUGCAAGAUAACGACGAAAGUACCUCAGGGUUCAUAUGGGUCAUGGAAAACCUGGAACUUAUCGAAUUGAAUAAAGCAAUUCCCAAAACAACCAAGUUAGAAAUAUCUUGAAUGAUUGUUUUCAUUUAAAAUGAUGGUUGCAUUCUUGAUCGUAAGUCGUAGUAAUCCAGGGUGGUACUAAACCUCUUAUGGCGAAGGAUGAUUCUUGGUGGAGAAAAUGGAGUUAGGCAACUUGUCCUUCUCGACACUAACGCCACUUAAAAAUUACGACCCUCAUACUCAAAGUGGUCUUUUCUUAACAUGGUUUAGCAACGUUGUCAUUCGUAAUCUGUGGAAGGAUCUUAAUUGAAACCACGACAGUGGUCUAAUGCAGACACUCGUGUUAACUAAAUAAAUAUUGCUUUCAGCACAAAGAGUUGGCGACGCUGUAUCGACUGCGGCAGUUAUUCGUCAAAGAUUUGCAGGCCCGAUUAAAAGUGGUAAGUUAUUUCAAUCAAAGAAAGUUAUGCACAUGAUCCAAGUAACAUGUACCCUCAGAGAAUAUCCCAGUUUCCUGAGGCACAAGCGACAAGGAGCAUUUCUGACCCCACCCACCCAUCUCCCUCCCUCCCUUCCCCCCCCCUUUCCGACACAAUCUGUCACGUCAGCCUACGACAUAUCGUCAUCUCAUUUCAGUGCUGUUCAUGCCGUGCGCGUGUCAAACACGUGAAUCUGUAGAUCUUUUAUUCGUUGACUAACUCAUAGCUAAUUCCUCUUUCCCAGACCAACUCGGAUACUGACUCAGAGGAAGAAGGAGGAAGCCAAGCACAAAAACAGAAGAUUGCUUUUUUAGAGAAUAAUUUGGACCAGCUAACGAAGGUCCAUAAACAAGUGAGUACUGCUGCCUUUCGUUUGAAACAUAAAUUCUCUUUAUUACAUCGCUGUAUGUUGUCUUCAACACGUUGUGAGAGUAUGGUAUUUCAUCUCGUUCCUGUUGGUGAUUUGCUGUUUUGGCCGAAAGCUGCGUAAAGUAUAUUUCGAAAUUGUGAGCAAGUUUCCCACAAAGGUCCUUUUUGCACGGCAUUCACAACGUCUGAAUCAGUUAAAGCUUUACUGAUACGGAGAAAUUAUCUUUGAAAAAUCCACUUUGCCAAAAAAAUUCUUGACCGCGGACAGCAACAAAAAAAGGAUGUCGAAGACACUUGUAAAGGGUAACUUACUGAAUUGGAGUUUUCCCUAAGCCCGUUUUAAUUUCUUGUACGUGUCCCAGCAAGUUAUUUACACCUGCAAAAGUUUUCGUGGACAAGCUUUCCUCUGAGAGAUCUCGCGAAAAAACUAGUGUGUUAGUUUUUGGUUUGGAGGACUAAUGAAGGAGACUUAGUUAUCAUCUACCUAACAAAUGGAUUCCAUGGUGCGGUGCGUCUGUUCAGUAGCUGAUCACAUAUGACGUCAAAGUGUUUUAAGAGCAAAAAUAGUGGCACACGAGACCUAGCUCACGUGUUACUGAUAUUCAUUACACGUUCUAGCGUCUCGUAAUGUAGUACGGGCAAGCCCACGGCAACAUGGAGUCUAUUUGUUUAAUAAAACGGUUAUCUAGGCGUCUCUCCUCUGAUAGAUCAUAAGUUAGAAGCAAUUCAUGUGCCUGCGUAAUUCAUCUAAUGAUGGAAACUGCGGUAGACAACCUGUUAAGCGCAAAUACGGGCAUGUUAUGUGGUUUCAGUGGCAGAGUUCAAUGUGUUUUUCCUUUUCAUUUUGUUCAAGUUAGUCGUCAGAGAUACGUUACUUUGUUUUCAUCAACUGAGUUGAUAAUGUAAAUUGGCCACUGUAAGGAGAUUUUAUAGCUAACGUUUCGUGCGUCAGCCCUUCGUCAGAGCCCACCGACAGAGCCUUCGAGAGAUAGAUUUGGUGUCUCAAGCCGUGGAUGAGACUCAAAAGUGAUUAAAAUCAAUGACCCUUACGGGUGACUAGCUUGUAAUUUCUCCUUCCAAUAUCGUCCCUGAAGCACACGACAAUAAAGGAAAUGCGGAGCCUUACUCAAAGAAGCUCUUGAUUAUGAAACAAAUUCUCCUUGUCAGCACCUUAAGAGAUCCAAAGAAAACAUUACGGACAAUAUGCAUACUGAUUUUAGGGUUCAAGUUUCAAGCAAGUCAAAGUACACAGCUUGUAUUGAUUCUGUUAACUUGUUCUAAAUUUCCGCGAAAUUCUUUUCAAUAGCCGCAAAUGUCGAGUCAGUUUGAACCGCCAGCACGUACUUGUAGGUAUCAUAUUGCAAUUACACUAAGUAUAUAAGCGCAAAGGUUUCAUGGAUCAUAACCGUCUUUGUUUGUGGCUCAGAGUUGUUGCAAUUGUUAAUUCCUAAAUUUUUUAUUCCAAACAGCGGAAAGCCUUACAGAGAGUGAAGAUGUUAAAGCAACAGAUCGAGUUUCUUUCCUAUGCUUGUUAGAAUCGAUCAGUUCCGGAGAUUUUGAUAUAUUCGAUACGUCAUUUGAGAGGCAGGGACUUCCCGUCGUCCUUUUCUUGGAAAUUUGGGGCAUUAUUUUUACAAUCAAAAUAAUUUGUGUAUUGAAAUUGUCUAAAAUGUCGGGUUACCGAUUUCCUAAGGGGUUUUGGAGGGUUUAAAAAUGGAAUUAAAAAGAACGGGGGAGAAAAUUAAUAACAAUUCGAUAACAAGAGGUACUUUAUUUCGCCACAAGGAAGCAUUUGAAACUAAUUUAUUUCUAACUUUACCGGAAACAAGGUAAAUUGAUCCUUCAAAUUUUCACGAUAUUUGUCGAGAUUUGAAUAUUUUUAUUAUUCAAUUCUGUGAACUAAAAAGGCUACUGUUGGGUUUAUUAAUUUAACUAUUUGCGACGUGAUGUUCAGUGAAACGAGACAACAUUAAUAAGUACGCUUGUUCGAGGUCAAUAUAAUUUAUCCUCUGAUGUGUAAUCUUUACAGAUCGCCCGUCAAUGUAAUUACAUGCGUCUGCCUUCACUACCGUUUUAUAAAGUCUUUUAUUUGGAAAUUUCAUUUGUUGUUAUACUUAUUGUAAAGGGACAUCGUAUUUAAAAAAGAAGCCUGUUGAAAUUCGGUCAAAUUUUUUUACUUGGGCCAUGUCGUGCCGAUAAGAAUUUUUUCAAAAUAUUUAACACUAAGUAAGUACUUUGAUAUAGAUCAUGUAUUAAAAAGAAGGGAAAUUUUCAAUAAAAAUGAAAAGAAUGCUAUCGUUUUCUUUUGGAAACUUCAUCACCGCUAAGCAUUGGCUAAAAAAGACAGCUUCGAAGAAUGAAAUUUGAAAAUCUUUAGCGAGGACGCAUACCCCAUAGAAAUGGCCGCUGAACAAAGUGUUCUUAACAUGUAAGUUUCUGGGAAGUCAUACAUAAUGAGAGUGUAUAGACCUUUUGCAAUUUAACUUGAUUGCGGUGUUGAAUUUUGCUGCGUUUCCCCUUCUUCUACAAACGUAAAUUUCAACCCACGAAAAGGUGCGUAUUAACUCUAUCUUCAAUUUUCUGAGCCAUUACACGAAGACAAUCUGUUCAGUUAUGAUAUAGGUGUUCUGCAACUUUCGCUCGAAACGAGUUGAACAUUUUGUAACAAGAACUGCCAUGGCUCGCUUUUAUAUAGAUUCAAUAUUGGUCGCAUACCUUGUAGAGUUGUUGGCGAUAAUAUUGCGCUAAUAUGUGUCUGAUUUUCUUAUAUAGGCCCGAGUCAAUCAUAAUUAAACAGAGUUAGAAGCUGUUUUAUCUGAUUGGGAUAUUCUGGGUUAGUUUAUACCACGUAAGUAAUUAGUGUCUCUUGUCAUUAACAGCUCGUUAGAGAUAAUGCUGACCUGAGGUGUGAAUUACCCAAACUGGAGAAGCGCCUGCGAGCAACACAAGAGCGGGUGAAGUCAUUAGAGCAGGCUCUCAAAGAGGCCAAGGAAGGUGCGCAGAGGGACCGGGCACGAUACCAGAAGGAGGUGGAGAGAAUCCGGGAAUCUAUGAGACAGAAGCAGGCCGCUGUGCGGAAAGGCGCCCAGGGACAUAUUGGUAAGAGUUAGAAUAAAGAAAAUCUCCUGCGCUUGAACAAUUUAUUGAUAAAUUCUGGAGGACAAAGAACUUCUCGAUGGAAUGUUAAAGAUGAAAACAAAUAUGGAACUGUAUUGGUUUUGCUUCAGUUUGCUCUGUGAGCGCAAAACUAAAACCAAUCCAACUUUAUCACGCGCGUUUUCCUGUGUUUGCGGUGGGCCAUAUGUAUUUACGUGACGUUCUCUUUGACUCAUUGUGACAUUCCCUUUUUUCCUGAUUGGCCUUUGUGAUAAUUUUGGUUUUGGUUACAGAAAAACUCAAUUCAAAAUUUCUCUGUUUAGUAAACUCAAGAAUCGUGGACGAGGAAGGGAAUUGGGAAAUGAGAUUUAAAUGAGCGAAAAAUUAGAAACACGUGAGCUUUGGAAAUUUAGUUUUCAUGGUAACUUCAUUGUGAAGUAUUAUCUAACGUUGUGUUUUUGCCACUUAAAUCUGCGCUUCCCUUAUUGGUUACCUUGGAUAUCUUGGUUAUCUAGGUUACCUUGGUUACUUUGGGUACCUUGGUUACUUUGGGUACCUUAGUUACCUUGGAUACCUUGACUACCUUGGAUACCUUGGUUACCUUGGAUACUUUGGUUACCCUGGAUACCUUGGUUACCUUGGAUACUUUGGUUGCCUUGGAUACCUUGGUUACCUUGGAUACUUUGGUUACCUUGGAUACCUUGGUUACCUUGUUUGUUCGUAUAAAUCUUUUAGCGCUCGAUUAAAAAUGCUUCAAUUUGAUUGAACAAAUAGAAUCCAUGUUGCCGUGUGUCUGUGUAUUAAUAGAUUAAUUGUUAGGAAUCCGAAACAACCGACUUUGGAAUCACGUGACCUUUCUCAUGUUUUAGCUGGUUUCGUAUCUUCGUUUCGAUUUGGAUCCAUUGUUCUCAGCGGAAGUCGUGAAAAGAAGACCAGUUGUAUCUCAAUGAAUUCGCCUAAAUUAAAAGUGUUACAUCAAUCGCUCCAGUCAACACUUGACUUUAAUUGUUUCUCAUUUUUACCGUUUUCAGCCAAACCAAUCCGUCCUGGUCAGCAGCCAUCCUCACCCAGUGUUCGUCCCGGCAGCAGCCCGGGAAUUGGAAGUGCCUUAUUAGGAAUGACUCGUUUGGCUGGUGGAGCAGUCAUGGGUUCUAACGUUCCCAAUAGCCCAAGUACACCGAGUUUACCCAGCUCACCCAACGGUGCUGCCAUAGUGACUCCUGUAAUUCGUGGCGGGAAAGGCUCAGAACCAAUCGUAUCGUACAGCAAGAGGAUACGAAAUGCAGUGAGCACGGAGUCACUCAAUCGGCCUCUCCCCCAGGGAAGCCCGAGGUAAGUCAUUUUACGCCUCAGCGAUUGGCUAUUAGGAAUUGGAAUCAACCGGCUUUGGAAUCACGUGACCUUUCUUGCGUUUUAGCUGGUUUCCUAUCUUUGUUUCGAUUUGAAAGUUCCAAUAGUUCUCAGCGAAUGUCGUGAAAAGAAAACCAGUUGUUUCACAGCUUAAGUUUUUAGGGCUGGUCGUUCGAAGGGCUUUUGACGCCAAAUUUAACUUUUUGUAUAGAGUUUUGAUCUCCCUUGUAUAUAAGUGUUGGGAAAUGAAGAAAGCAAACUGCAAAAGCUCAUGUGACCCAUUCUACCUAAAUCAUGUGUAUAUAACCCGGCACCAGAGAGAGAGAACAUGAUGUUCCAAGGCAGACCGAUGUAAAAGUCAAAUUAAAAAUUUUGAAAAUUCCUGGUUGAAGUUUGAUAUGAAGAGUGUAUUUGAAUGAUAUUUGGAAUAGCUGUUGGCGAAGCUUUUAUCAUGGAAUGGAACUGGUCAGGUUACAUAGUUUUAGAUUUUUCCGCCGGGAUAUACCAGACAAUAGAGGCGGGACAUUUAUGUGUUUAACAUGUAUGUACCUGCUCCUUCCUGCUGCGGUUUUGAAAGCAUUUUAAUAUUGCCUGUGCAUGCUUAAGAGGUGAAAUAGAGCGAAAACGUUUCUUUUGUUCUUGAGGAGUUGAGGGUAGUUUUUGUUUAGUGGCCGUAUUGCUAAGAGCUACAUUCUGGUAUUAGAAUUGUAAGUGUAAUCUCCAUUUAUCUAGUCACAUCAAGUGUGAAAUUUCACUUCUUAGAUCAGAUUAUAAAUAAUACAUUUUCGAACGAGUUUAACGCUUCGAGAUGGCUGUGUUUGAAAUACAUCUUCUCCUCGUUUUUUGCUUUUCUUUUGGGACUAUACGCUUCGUACAGCCUGCCACAAUACCUGGUGCCAUGAUAAACAUUGAGCAGGAUAAGUUAUCGGCACACACAGAACUUUUAGAGGGUCUCAAACAGGCUGUACGGCUGGAGAACGCGCGAGAGCCUAAACCACCUUUCAAGUUCGUUUAUCUUCCGUACACAAUCUUUGCGGCUAGUCAGAUCGUCGAAGGAACAAUGUACCGUGCGAAUGUGAACCUUGCACCAUCGAAAUGUCCAAACAAUUUGAAUGAAACGAGGGAAGGUAUAGAGGCGUGCGGAGUGGAUUUUCUGAAACCGGAUAUUCUAAAGCAAGAAAAACAUUGUAUGUUUGAGAUAUGGUCACGUCCCUGGCUUGCGGGAAAGGAACGUGUGCUGAUUCGGAAAGCGGAGUGUAAACCGAACGCGACAAAACAAACGCAGCCUUGUCGCUUUCGUGUGACAAUGAAGUUUACUUUCAAUCCAUUGUGUAACUUACAGCCGAAAGGUUGAUCAACGAAUCUAGCAUGAUGUGCUUAGCUAGAGAUAAUGAAAUGCGAAGUUCAAUCUCAAAAAGUGUUUCACGAAACCCUAUGUCUUCGAAUAUUUGAAGUCUGAAGAACUUAACGUAAACCUUUCACACUCAAAUAUCAGUAUGCAUUAUCUCCGUGGUGUUCUUUAUACUUUUCCUAUGGUUCUGUUGAAGAGAAUUUGUUUAAAGAUCAAAGGGUUCCUUAGUUAGUGAUCAUUUCUUUUAUUCUCAUGACCUUAACGUUUGUUGUAGAGAUGAUACUGUAAGGACGAAUCGUAUGCUUAAAGCCUUUGAGAAACUUGAGUGGCGUCGACAGGCGAGCAAAAGGGUUGCUAAACAUUAAACAUGAAGUUGAUAAAGCAUUUUUCUUUUUAUUCGCACGGUUUUUAUCAAAUCUCAGGCGUCUAUUUUUUUUAUCGCACGAUCGAGGUAAAACGUUACCAUCUUUGUUACUCUAUCUAUUCAUAUGUACAUUAUCAAAUAUAUACAUCAUCAGCCUUGCAGGAUGCGCGUUUCUGUACCCGCGGGAAGAUUUCAGACGAGUCGGGGAGUGGGUUGGCGGAGACUGGCACUAGUGAUCUCUAAAAUGUUGUUGCACUGAAUCACUUGGCCUCGGCCAUUGUCCAUAAUCAUGAGGAGUUAGCAUGAUAAGAUUCAAGUUCCUCGACAGUUCAUUGACAUUACUAUUUGUUCCAAUUUCACUAUUCCUCAAGGGUUCUUGGUGGAUUUUUUUGUUUAGUUCAAAUGAGAAAACGAAAGAUUUUGUAAUUUGUUUUUCCAUUUUGCUUAAUGAAAAACUGCCUUCCACUGUUUCUUUCAGUUUAAAUGGCGCCCAUUCCUCGCCAGAUUAUGAAAGAAGACGCGGCUCAGCAGCUUCAGCUGGCGCAGUCACUCAUUCUUCUAGUGCGCACAUGCGCGCUGCAGCUAGCGUGGAUCGGCUUAACAUGAUGGGCGAGGGAAAUUCAGGAAGAAAACUGCCCUCGAUGCCGGACUCUAUGCAAAGGUCACCGUUGAAGAUUUCAGGCCGGGAAGGAGAAAUAGCAGCUUUAAAAAGAACUAACCGACGGUCCGCCUCUUCUCAGAACUUAGUCAACAGUGCAGAUGGUGAGCAGUUGUUUUUCUUUCGAAGUCACGAGUUGCCGAGGUAG